AUGAAACAAACAAGGCGCGAGCUCGAUAACACUAUUGACGACACGCUUACGGCAACUUUUUCGACAGUCCCCAACUUUUUCUGCUUUUUUGACGGUUGUGAUAAAGAUUUUGCCAUUUUCCAGGGCGUUGACCCUGACACGUUCUCCAAAAUUGAGACUGGGCGGCAGCGCCGCGGACGCAAGCUGCGUUUUCACUAUCGUCCAGAGCAGCACCAGUUGCUCGUCACCGUCCCCAAUUUUGAGCAUGACACAGCAACUUGGACGAUAAGCGCAGCUCUCUAUCACGAUCUGAACAAUAUGGGUCUAUCCUAUAACGACUUGGUGCCUUCGGGGACAACCAAGUUCGGCGACGGCGGCAGCGGGAAGGAGUGUGGCGAGGCUGACGCAGCCUUUAUGCCUGGAGAACGUGCUGAUGCCCUGGAUGGAUGGCCGACGCUUGUGGUUGAGACGGGCUUGAGCCAGUCGUCUGAGAGCCUGGACGCUAAAAUGCGUUGGUGGUUUCAUGCGUCGAACCAUCAAGUGAACAUUGUUUUACUUGUGAAACUACAACGGGCCUCGCACACUAUCUGCGUCGAAAAGUAUGUUAAGGACAUACCCCAACCGCGACAGGGGGCCACCUUCACCCGCUUCAUGCCUGCGCUCGUCCCGCAAUCACGUCAGAGCAUUACAAUCGCGCCCCAUCCCAGGAGCCAACCUGUCGUAUAUGAUGUUUUCGGCGGCCCGCUUGUCUUGGAGUUCGUUUUGCUAUUCCUGCGGCCAGCCGACUUGGCUCGGGGAGAACGGGAUGUGGUAUUGGAUGCAACCAGGCUUGUCGACCUGGCUAGGCAGGUCUGGCGUCGGACAUUGUGA